AUGUCACACAUCCUCGUGAAGUGGGAAGAUACUGAGGCUUGGGACGUCUACCCCACGAGGGCCAUGAUUGAUGUCGCCACAGCUUCCGCCAUCAUGAAAGAUCCGACGUUGGUCGAUACCUAUCAUCAGGCACAACAGAGGUGUUGCACUCAUAGCGAGCAAGUACAGGCCUUAGAAAAAGAAAACAACGAGCUAAAGCGCAGGUUAGAGCAGCAGGAAAACUUGAUCGAAUCAGGCAAGAUGGUACGCAGACUAAAAUACAUGCUGAGAGAAGUUCAGGAACAACACGUCCAGAAUAUAUGUCAGACUGGUCAAAACGUGGACCUGGGUGCAGGUGUACUCGUCCGCCAGACCACGCUAACACGACUGGAGCAGACAUACAAAGACCAGCCGUCCAAGUUUGCGAGGUCCCUGAUGAGGGUUUUGUUCACGGACGAGGAGAUGGUGAACAAGUCCCUUUUUGGACUGCAGGCCAACAGCAACAAGGACAAGGAAGCGAAACCGGCCCUCGAUCCAGCACGUGUGAAGGCUGUGCUAGAACACACCAGCGCCACUUUCAGGUGCUCAGAGGCACCCCUGAAACGGAGCCUCAGCUCAAUGCUACAAAAGCUGAACGCAAAGCAUGCUGUAGAUAAAUAAAACUAGAUAAAUCAU